AUGGCUGCCGGCGUGGGCUUUCAAUCGCCAUCAAUGAUCAGCGAGCACGCCGAGAAGAUCAUCGCGGCUCCAUGGGCGCCACCCCGCAAGGAAAUGAAGCUCUUGUUUGUUGUGCGAUCCGGCAACUCUAGCAUCAAGACGCAAGAAUCCCAAUGGCAGAUCAACCGCCAUGCUCAGCGCAAUGCUCAGUCAAGGAAAGAGGCGCGUCACCGCAGGCCUCUGCCUGCAAGACCGGCGAUGGAACGCGUACUACAUGUCCUAAAGCCGGAAGCUGAAGAAAAGGCAGAGGAUGCUCCCAAGCCGCUGUCGACGAAGCAACUGGCUCUUACGCAACCUACUGAAAAUGUCGACGAUGUCCAUGCAACGAGCCUGCGGAAUGUUCUCGACUGUAGAAGGCUCGAUCCCUUUUCGAGCGGCAGAACUCCUAUGACGCCGCACAUGGAAUCGAUCUUCGUGCACUUCGCCAACGUGCUACUUCCAGUCAUCGAGCCAAUACAGUCGGAGCGGGACGACUUUCACAAGUGGCUGGUACCAGCUACCAUGGCAGAACCUGCGUUGUUGUAUGCUCUGACUGCUUGUUUUGCCUACGAUAUUGAGAUGGGCUCCGCGUAUGGUUUUGGGCCCACUGCUCGAAAAUCAUGGACCACGGAGAGAGUGAUGUACCGGAUCAAAGCGAUUCAAGCAUUGAACGAAUGCCUCGCCGAUGAGACAAACGCAUGA